AUGCGUAACCGCUUCGUAAAAUAUUUGAACGUGAUCUAACCGUAUCCCUUUGUUGUGGGACAGUUUUGUUGUGUCUCGUGAGAUCCAGAGAGAGAGAAACGUAAAUGAUUAUAUGUCAAAUGUUUUAAGUAUCUUCUAUAUGGAUCAUUAAGAUACGUGAUGCCUUCUCAGGAUAGUAAACGUACCCUGGAAGUCUUGCAAAAAACUUACGAGCAACUCCAGCGUUAUUAUAUUCUAUUACGGCUGAUCAGGAGAGAUCUUGAAAGGAUAGCAAAUAAUUUCGACGCUAUAAACAGUGGGGAGAUUGCAAAAUCGAUUUGAAGAGCAACACAUAAAAUAUUAGUCUAUAAAGUUAUAGAUUUUAUGUAACAACAUAAGCCUUCUAUGUCCAUAAUGAAUAAGAGCCAUUCUGUGAUUCAGCAGAAUUCAACGACUUCAUCACCAUUACGAAGAAAGUCUGUUGCUUUUCAAAAUACACCAAGUGUUCUCUCGGAAAAUGACGAUGAAGCGGAACGUAUCGCACGUCGACGUGAGAUUCCCACAUCGUCGCCGUUAGCUAUCGCUAAUUCCAAUACCAGAAGACACUCUCUUGGUCUGGGAUUCUUAGCGAAUAUCCCGGCGCCGCAAAUGGCUGAGAGCAUAACUCAGUGCAUAAAGCUCAGUGCCGAGAACAAGAUCAACAUUAAAAAUGCGUUUAGUUUAGCAAUGAUCGAUUUUAUGACAUAUAUGGUAAAGAAACAGGACUCCAAUAUGUCAAAUCUGCAAGUGGCUAGCACAUCUUUGGAUGUAAGCACGAAAAUCUAUGGAUUCCGCGUAGAUAGCGUGCAUACUCAAAUACUUAAGAUAGUAGGCGGAUUGGAUAAGCAAGCGAUCGAUGAUAAGGAGCGAAACGAAGAGGAAUAUGAAAAAGACGUGGAAAACGCGGAUAUUAAUGCAUUGGAGAAAAGGAAGAAAAAGAAGAAGAAAGCCAGGCAGAAGAUUUUUAGCACUGUAGAGGCUUUAAAAAGCAACAUCGAAAUCACAAAACCCAUAUUGAUGAUGAUAGGCGAGGGAGAUUUACAGACCACUGAUAUGCUGUAUCAGGCGACGUUACCGCAUCAUGCAAAUUCCGGCUUUUAUCAGCAUUUAUAUAAAGAUGUGCUAGUUGACGUUCUAGAGGACAAAUCGGAAUCGCAAAUUGGUGCUAAAGACAAUACACCAUUGAUUGAUGACUUCUCAAAUCUCGAGGUUUGCGCUUCAUAUUCGAAUUUCGAGUUUCUCGGUUGGUCCAUGGAAGAUGAACCGAAAGAGAUGGAUCUGGCCGAGGAACACGAUCAGGAUCUUAAUCAGAGUAAUCGGUUCCAGUUCGAUCUAGAUGCGAGCGUGGAAGUUGAUAACAAUCCAUUGCCUGAACCAAUGAACUAUUUCGACUUCCAGCAGGAUAACGAUAAUAAUCACGAAUGUCGUCAGGAGGCAAUAAAUCGACGUGAAGAAAAUAUCGUGGACGUGCGCGACGUUCCGAUAGCAGCGACGAACACGUUCGAAUAUUCCUUCGUCCAGCCGAACAUGAAUUUGCAUUGGGCCGGACCGUCUCAUUGGAAAUUUCGAAAUUUCGCAAAACCUUCCGCUGACGUCGCCGUUGGCACCAAGGUGGUUGGAGCUUGCAAGCAGGCUCCACUGCGAAAAAGAAGACAGAUCAAACUGUUGUACGAUGAGAAUUUCGAUGUGAUUAAUACAAAGUUUGCGUCCAGCCACACCAACAAGCUACAAGCCAGGACCGCGAAGACAGAAUGGAACACCGAGGACUUAAUAUUACCGGAAGACGUGCAUUAUGAUGUUGCACAGAUGAUUAAGCUAUACCUGAUUCCAAAACUCAGUUUAAAGCCGUCAAACGAUGGAAAGCAGGAUGGUGUCAACGCGGUGGCCGCCGUAGAUCUGUUGGACAACGAGAGAUACGAUUACGACAAUCCAAACGACACGUUAGAAUAUUGUCCCGAUGCGAAUACCGAUGCGAAUGAUUAUGAUGAUGGAGACGAUGGUAGGAACAAUUGUAACUUCGAAGACGAUGCCACUGCAUUAGCUACCCAAAACUUUAUUGGCAACAAUCUGGUCGCCGCGCCAAAACUAGCUAAUAAAAUAUCUAUCGAAUACUGCUUGAAGGCGAAGAAGAUCGACAUGCGACAAUUGAAAAAAUCCAUAUGGAGGAUAUGUACGGAUAACGUUGAGCCAACGAAUGUUAACGAGAUGGAGAACGCUGAAAUGAAAAUGAAGGAGAGUAAAAAGUUCAGUAAUGUGUACAAAGCGCUACCAAAAUUAUUAACGAAAAGUAAUGUCGAGGCGUUAAGUGUACCAAUUUCUUUUAUAUCUUUAUUACAUCUUGCGAAUGAGAAAACGUUAAAGCUCAUUUCGUCACCGGACUUAUCCGAUAUUACCGUUGAGGGAGGUUAAACGGCUAAAAAAUUAAAAUUUUUAUCAUAUAAUACGAGAAAUUUGACUUCUAU